CAAUUCAUCGUGAAGGAGAUUUGUGGUGAAUCGAAAUUGUGAAUCGCAUAAAUUUAAUUAACAAAGAAAACUUAUUAUAUCAUAAAAGUUAUCGAAAAUUAACGAAAAUGAAUAUUACUUCAGCCGCGGGGAUCAUAUCCCUGCUAGACGAACCGAUACAUGAAGUAAAAGAGUUUGCUUUGAAGAGAUUAGACAAUAUCGUCGACGAGUUUUGGCCGGAGAUAUCGGAGUCCAUUGAAAAGAUUGAGAUUCUUCACGAAGACAAAGUGUUCUCGCAGCAUCAGUUGGCCGCUUUAGUGGCAAGUAAAGUUUACUACCACCUUGGUGCGUUUGAAGAUUCGCUAACGUACGCGCUUGGGGCUGGUGACCUCUUUGAUGUCAACGCGAGAAACGAAUAUGUUGACACAACGAUCGCUAAGGCGAUCGACUUCUACACCCAGAAACGAAAGAUAUUGUUCGUGGACCAAACUGCGGAGCCAGUCGACCCUCGGUUGGAGGCCAUCGUCAACCGGAUGUUCCAGAGAUGUCUGGAAGAUGGCCAGUACAGACAGGCGUUGGGCUUGGCCCUGGAGACGAGGAGAAUGGACAUAUUCGAGGAAGUUAUCAUGAAAUCUGAUGAUAUACCUGGAAUGCUUCAGUAUGCUUUUACAGUGGCAAUGAGUCUUCUUCAAAACAAAGGCUUCCGCAGCACAGUUCUGAGGUCACUUGUCAACUUGUACAGAGGAUUGAAUGUCCCCGACUAUGUCAAUAUGUGCCAGUGUCUAAUUUUCCUGGAUGAUGCACUUUCUGUGGCAGAAAUUCUGGACAAACUUACCCAUGGACCCCAGGAGUCAGUAUUAAUGGCCUAUCAAAUUGCAUUUGAUUUAUAUGACUCGGCCACACAACAGUUCCUUGGAAGAGUGCUCCAAGCUCUAAGAAUUACUGCACCAAUACCUAGUGCUUUAGGUGGCAAGCCCCAGCCACAAGGGGGGCCUUUCCCUGAAUCUUCAAUGGAAGUAGACCAGCCGGCAGCUUCAGAGGAAACUAAAAAACCAGAAAGAGAUAUAGAAAGCUUAAAUGCUGAUGAGAAGGAGCACCAAAGGAGAGUAGAGAAGUUAAUAUCUAUACUGGGUGGUGAUGUUUCAAUAGCAUUACAAUUACAAUUCUUAAUUAGGUCAAAUCAUGCAGAUAUGCUUAUUUUAAAGAACACAAAAGACGCUAUUCGAGUGUCAAUUUGCCACACAGCCACAGUCAUAGCAAAUGCAUUUAUGCAUGCCGGAACAACCAGUGACACAUUUUUAAGGGAUAAUUUGGAAUGGCUGGCGAGAGCUACCAAUUGGGCUAAGCUAACUGUGACAGCAUCACUUGGAGUUAUUCACAGAGGACAUGAAAAUGAAUCUUUAGCACUCAUGCAGUCAUAUCUACCUAAAGAAGCUGGGCCAUCUUCAGGCUAUUCGGAGGGUGGUGGUCUAUAUGCAUUAGGUUUGAUUCAUGCCAACCAUGGAGCCAAUAUCAUUGACUAUCUUUUAACUCAACUAAAAGAUGCACAAAAUGAGAUGGUUCGCCAUGGUGGAUGCCUUGGUUUGGGUCUAGCGGCUAUGGGAACACACCGGCAAGAUGUAUAUGAACAACUCAAAUUCAAUCUCUACCAAGAUGAUGCAGUAACUGGUGAAGCAGCUGGUAUAGCAAUGGGCAUGGUGAUGCUGGGAUCGUGUCAUGCAGCAGCUAUUGAGGAUAUGGUGGCAUAUGCUCAAGAGACUCAGCACGAGAAAAUCUUGAGAGGCUUAGCUGUUGGUAUUGCGUUUACAAUGUAUGGCCGUUUGGAGGAAGCUGAUGCUUUGGUACAACAAUUGUUAAGAGACAAAGAUCCACUACUAAGAAGAGCUGGCUGCUACACUAUUGCUACAGCAUACUGUGGAACCGGAAACAAUGACUCCAUUCGUACAUUGCUGCAUGUUGCUGUGUCAGAUGUAAAUGAUGACGUCCGUCGUGCCGCCGUCACCGCGCUUGGCUUCCUUUUGUUCAGAACACCAGAACAGUGCCCAUCAGUGGUAUCUCUGCUAGCAGAGUCCUACAACCCUCAUGUCCGUUAUGGAGCUGCCAUGGCUCUAGGAAUUGCCUGUGCUGGCACCGGUAACCGCGAAGCGAUCGGUCUUUUGGAGCCGAUGGUCAAAUUCGAUCCUGUCAACUUCGUAAGACAAGGCGCCCUCAUCGCUUCAGCUAUGAUAUUGAUUCAGCAGACUGAAGUGCUCUGCCCGAAAGUUACAUAUUUCCGUCAACUGUAUGCCCAAGUCAUUUCAAACAAGCAUGAAGACGUUAUGGCGAAGUUUGGCGCCAUUCUUGCCCAGGGCAUCAUAGACGCCGGCGGUCGUAACGUGACUGUGUCACUACAGAACAGAACAGGACACAUGAACAUGUUGGCUGUUGUGGGCAUGUUAGUUUUCACGCAAUACUGGUAUUGGUUCCCACUCGCCCAUUGCCUUUCCCUCGCAUUUACUCCCACCUGCCUGAUAGCACUCAACUCAGAUUUGAAGAUGCCUCUGCUGGACUUGAAGUCCAAUUCUAAGCCCUCGCUCUACGCCUACCCGGCUCCAUUGGAAGAGAAGAAACGUGAGGAGAGGGAGAGAGUCACCACUGCCGUUUUGAGUAUCGCCGCCGCUCGUGCCAGGAGGCGCGCGCACGGCACCGAUUCGGCGUCAUCUAGCAGCGCAUCGGCGUCCAAAAUGGAAGUCGAUGAAGACGAUAAGAAGUCCACCAAGUCGCCCAACCCGAACAUAACGGUACACGCCAAAGCUGAAAAGGAGGCGAGUACCUCAAAGGAUUCGAAGAAGGAUGAUAAGGAAGGCAAGGAAGGUGAAGAUAAAGAUACCAAGGAGAAGAAAGAACCAGAGCCGAAUUUCGAAAUCCUCACCAAUCCAGCCAGGAUUGUGCGGCAACAGUUGAAGGGAAUAUCCAUCGUCGACGGUUCUGGCUAUACGCCGCUCAAGGACGUCACCAUUGGCGGCAUUGUCAUGCUUAAUCACACAGGCGAGGGUGAGCAAGCCCUUGUGGAACCGGUUGCUGCCUUUGGCCCGAAAACCGAAGAAGAAAAAGAACCGGAACCACCAGAACCUUUCGAGUAUUUGGAUGAAUGAUGUAGUUUAUUCGGUUAAAAAUCCAGUAGCCUAUAGGUCUUUAUAAAUUUUAAAACUCAAUGUAUUGACAAUAGUUUUCAAUAUUGUGAAGUACACAUUACUAAUUACAAAAUAUUAUUUGUGCUUUUAAUAAACUAUAAUGUAAUUAU